UUUUGAGUUAUUUCCGAUUUUCGGCACCUUCGUUAUUUCAGAUUCACCUCUGGUCCAUAAUUCAAACUUUUAAAUAUAUUUUUCAAAUAGUCCCUCCCUUUUGCUCAAAUUUUGUCCUUCUCACAACCAUAAACAUAUUUCCCUAACUUCUAUUUUAUCAUUUGCCGCUCGUUCCUAGUCUGUAUAAAUAUGUAAUUUUCCAGUUUCCCAACAUACAUGACUCUUUUAAGCUUUAAAAAUUAAUUUUUUAAUAGAAAGUUUCCAAAAAUGAAAUUUCUUUAUUUAAUUUUCAUUUUAUUUUGGUUUGUUAAAGCUGAUAAAGAAGUUAUCUGUCCAGAUUUUCGAUCAAAAUGUCCAGGAGGGACAACUUGUUGUACUUUAGAUAGUGGGGAUUUUGGUUGUUGUCCUUUACCCAAAGCUGUUUGCUGUUCUGAUCAUGUACAUUGUUGCCCAGAAAAUAAUAAAUGUGAUGUUGAACGCCAAUUAUGUUUGGUUAGUUUAAAAAUAUUUUUUUGA